AUGCCAUCAUCAGCAGUUAUUCGAGUUCAACAACAAGCAUUAGUCAAUCAAAAUAAUCACUCAAAUUCGAAUAGUGAAAGACAUACAAUAAGCAUGUUUCGUUUAUUUCUUCGUGCAUUUGAUUAUAUUUAUUUAAUAAAUACAAAAAUUUUCUUUUAUUUAUUGUUACUACUUAAACGAUUAUUAAGAUUUCUUUUCGGUGUAUGGACAUUUCUAUUUGUUACUUUACGUGGGUCAAAAAAAAAGCUUAUACAAUUUCAAUCUGUUAAAUAUUAUAAUUGUCCAUUGCAACCAUUAUCACUUCAUCGCUUACAUUUUCUUCCAAAGAAAAUUUUGGUUUUAGAUUUAGAUGAAACAUUAAUUCAUUCACAUCAUGAUGGUCUUACACGGGUUGUUACUGUUAAACCAACAGGACCACCAGAUUUUAUAGUUCGUGUAGAAAUUGAAAGACAUCCAGUUCGAUUUUUUGUUUAUAAACGACCACAUGUUGAUUAUUUUCUUGAAACAGUAAGUCAAUGGUAUGAACUUGUGGUAUUUACAGCAUCAAUGGAAAUAUAUGGUGCUGCUGUUACUGAUAGAUUAGAUAAUAAUCGAAAUAUUCUUUCACGACGAUAUUUUCGUCAACAUUGCACACUUGAAUAUGGAGCAUAUUCAAAAGAUUUAGCUGUAAUUAAUAAUGAUCUUGCACGAAUAUUUAUUUUGGAUAAUAGUCCUAUUGCUUAUCGAUCAUAUCCAUUAAAUGCAAUACCAAUUAAGUCAUGGUUUUUUGAUCCAUCAGAUACAUGUUUAUUAUCAUUACUUCCGUUUCUCGAUGCAUUACGAUUUUGUCGUGAUGUUCGAUCAGUAUUAGGAAUGAAUUUACAUUUACAUCAGAACUUAACGGUGACAAGUACAACUGGAUUAACUACGCAAGUUGUUCCAUCGUCUGCGAGAUAA